UGUGUUUGCCUUCUAUCAUCUCUUCCCCUUUAUCCCUCCGUCGUCAUCGUGUUAUAACGAAUAAUUCGUUGUAUUUUGAUUUGUGCUUGAUUUGAAGUGGUCUGAGAACCAAGUAAAGGGCACAUGGAGAACCCUUGAGAAGUAUCAUUGAGCGGCGAAACUGCGAGCGCACCGUCCACGCGAGAUUGUGCGAGACAAUAACUUCAGGGAACAUGGCGACGUCUAAUUUGCUGAAGAACAAAGGCUCCCUACAGUUUGAGGACAAAUGGGAGCUGAUGCGUCCAAUAGUCUUAAAGCUGCUACGCCAAGAGUCUGUAACCAAACAACAGUGGUUUGACCUAUUCUCAGAUGUCCAUGCAGUGUGCCUAUGGGACGACAAAGGUCCCGCAAAGAUCCAUCAAGCCCUGAAGGAAGAUAUACUAGACUUCAUCAAACAAGCACAAGCGCGGGUGUUGAGUCACCAGGACGACACAGCGCUGCUGAAGGCGUACAUCGCAGAGUGGAGGAAGUUCUUCACGCAGUGCGACAUCCUGCCCAAGCCCUUCUGCCAGCUGGAGAUCACCCUGAUGGGCAAGCAGGGCAGCAACAAGAAGUCUAACGUGGAGGACAGCAUCGUGCGCAAGCUGAUGCUGGACACGUGGAACGAGUCCAUCUUCUCCAACAUCAAGAGCCGGCUGCAGGACAGUGCCAUGAAGCUGGUCCACGCUGAGCGGCUGGGCGAGGCCUUCGACUCCCAGCUGGUCAUAGGGGUCCGGGAGUCCUACGUGAACCUGUGCUCCAACCCGGACGACAAGCUACAGAUCUACAGGGACAACUUUGAGAAGGCCUACAUGGACUCUACAGAGAGGUUCUAUCGCACCCAAGCCCCUGCCUACCUCCAGCAGAACGGCGUCCAGAACUACAUGAAAUAUGCUGAUGCUAAGCUGAGGGAGGAAGAGAAACGAGCACUGCGUUACCUUGAGACACGACGAGACUGCAACUCUGUACAAACGCUGAUGGAGUGCUGUGUGAACGUCCUGGUGACGUCUUUCAAGGAGACCAUCCUGGCCGAGUGCCCGGGCAUGAUCAAACGCAACGAGACAGAGAGUGAGUACGGCAGGAUUGCCACCAGCAGAGGCUCAUCCAGCUCAGAGCUGCACCUGAUGUUCUCCCUCAUGGACAAGGUGGCCAGCGGCAUCGAGCCCAUGCUCAAGGACCUGGAGGACCACAUCCUGAGCGCCGGACUGGCAGACAUGGUGGCCUCGGCCGAAAGCAUCACUUCCGAUUCUGAGAAGUACGUGGAGCAGCUGCUCACCUUGUUCAACCGCUUCAGCCGCCUGGUGAAGGAAGCCUUCCAGGACGACCCGCGGUUCCUCACAGCCAGAGACAAGGCGUACAAGGCAGUGGUGAACGACGCCACCAUAUUUAAGAUCGACCUCCCCUUGAAGCAGAAAGGGGUGGGCCUGAAGACUCAGCCAGAGUCGAAGUGUCCAGAGCUGCUGGCCAACUACUGUGACAUGCUACUGAGGAAGACUCCGCUGAGCAAGAAGCUCACCUCCGAGGAAAUCGAGGCCAAGCUCAAAGAAGUGCUGCUGGUCCUAAAGUACGUUCAGAACAAGGACGUGUUCAUGCGCUACCACAAGGCCCACCUGACCCGCCGGCUCAUCCUGGACAUCUCAGCCGACAGCGAGACCGAGGAGAACAUGGUGGAGUGGCUCAGGGAAGUGGGUAUGCCGGCCGACUACGUCAACAAGCUGGCCAGGAUGUUCCAGGACAUCAAAGUGUCGGAGGACCUCAACCAGUCCUUCAAAGAGAUGCACAAACACAACAGGCUGGCUUUACCAGGGGACUCGGUGAACAUCAAGAUCCUGAACGCGGGGGCCUGGUCGCGGAGCAGCGAGAAGGUGUUUGUGUCGCUGCCCACUGAGCUGGAGGACCUGAUCCCAGAGGUGGAGGACUUCUACAAGAAGAACCACAGUGGCAGGAAGCUCCACUGGCACCACCUCAUGUCCAACGGCAUCAUCACCUUUAAGAACGAGGUGGGCCAGUACGACCUGGAGGUGACCACCUUCCAGCUGGCGGUGCUGUUCGCCUGGAACCAGCGACCCAGGGAGCGCAUCAGCUUCGAGAACCUCAAGCUGGCCACGGAGCUGCCGGACGCCGAGCUCCGCCGCACGCUCUGGUCGUUGGUUGCGUUCCCCAAACUGAAGCGGCAGGUGCUGUCGUACGAGACUGCAGUUUCGUCCCCGAAGGACUUUGCUGAAGGCACGCUGUUCUACGUCAACCAGGAGUUCUCCCUCAUCAAAAACUCAAAGGUGCAGAAACGGGGGAAGAUCAACCUGAUUGGCCGCCUGCAGCUCACCACGGAACGAAUGAGGGAGGAGGAAAACGAGGGCAUCGUCCAGCUCCGGAUACUCCGAACGCAGGAGGCCAUCAUCCAGAUCAUGAAGAUGCGGAAGCGCAUCAAUAACGCCCAGCUGCAGACGGAGCUGGUGGAGAUCCUGAAGAACAUGUUCCUGCCCCAGAAAAAGAUGAUCAAGGAGCAGAUGGAGUGGCUCAUCGAGCACAAGUACCUCAAGCGCGACGAGACGGACAUCAACACCUUCAUCUACAUGGCGUAGGGGUCGCGGCGAGUGAGGCGUCGCCACGAUGACGAGUCGUCCUGUUCUGCCAUGUGGUGGGGGAGGAGGAGGAGGAGGAGAACAAGAAGAGUUGUGUUUGUUCUGGGGUCUUUCGUGGAUGGAUUCCAGGGGCUUGAUGGACGGCAGAGACGUUUCCAGGCACCCCCCCCGUCCCCCCGUCCCACUCCCCUUCUCUCUCUCGUCUUCUUCAUAUAUGCGAGAAGUUAUCGCCGAGACAUAUUUUAAAGAGUAAAACCUGAUGCUUAAAGUGAAACUUCCUGCUGCAAAAGAAAAAAAAAGGUAAUGGGACAUUGUCUGCACUGGAGUUUACAGUUUCUUUUGGGGGGUGGAGGUGAUGAUGAUGAGGAGGAGUUGAUCAUUUUGUUGUUAUUUGGUCUCUUUUUUUCCCCCAACCACCCGUUUGGUCAUUGCCAUGGUGUCUCUGAUGCCAUCCAACAUGGCCACUCCGGCCCUAUUCCCAGCUCUUUGUUUUUGAUUCUGUGAGCAUGCUGUGAGGAGUGGAGGACCAUCAUGUGAAGGCCCUGCACUGCUACGGGCUUGUCCAGGUAUCCAGCCUGGCAAAAAGACAAGACGGUGAACAACAGAUAGCAGCUAGAAAGCCUUUUGGUUAGUCUCUUCACAGGGGGGGGACGCCAUCUUGGAACCAGACGAAAGCAGCCGUUGUGAUGGUCGGCCAGCCCUAGGACUCUCUGGGCCUCGGCCAAGACACUUGUGAGACUUCAUAGCGGAUGUUCGAUUUAAGACAAGCCAGGAAAAACCACAAAUGAAUCAUUGUGGAUGUUAGUUUUCUGAAAAGGAAAAAAAGAGAAAUCAACACAAGCACUUAUUGAGCCGAUAUUGAAACACAUCGCCCUGAGCCAAUGUCCAGACCCUGUUUCAGGCUUAUUAAAGAAAAAGGAGUGUAUCGCUACUAUGACUGGAAGAAUAAAACAUUUUUUAUCCAGCUAACACCUUUAGAGCUGGGUGGGCCAGAUGUGGAGCAGGGGCUAGAAAUGGAACCUGUGUCUCCAUGCCCAUCUUUGGUCCUUCCUAUGAGAGAAGGGCAAGGUCAGUAUUAUACGUGUUAUGUAUAGAGUCCAAACCUAUAGGAGAGUGUAUAUCGGGAUGUGAAUAGUGAAAUAAACAGCACCUUAUUAUGAAAUAUAUAUAUAUAUAUAUAUAUAUACAAAACCAAACUUGCUUUUCAUUUGACCUGUUUACCAUGUUGUAUACCACAUAUUUGCAAAGUUGAAGUUAAUAUGUUUGGACCUAAAACGUGUGUGUGUGUGUGUGUGUGUGUGUGUGUGUGUGUGUGUGUGUGUGUGUGUGUGUGUGUGUGUGUGUGUGUGUGUGUGUGUGUGUGUGUGUGAUAUAUAUUGUGGUUGGCUACUCUUUAAGUCAACAUCGUUUUACAACAUUCAGGUAAUGAAAAAAAAGUGGAUAGUGUAUUGCUUUAAAGGUUAAAAUCCAGGGUCAAUUGUGUACCUUUAUCGCCUUGUGUGAUCAAUAAAAGAAUAACCAUGAG